AUGGAGUCAUGGGUGGGGUGGUUGCUUCUUCUAUGUUGCCAUAUUGUCUUCUUUCACUUCUCCUUUUCUCAUUCCUUAUGUCAUCCUCAGGAUAAAAUUGCCUUGCUCCAAUUCAAAAACUCUGACACUUCUUCUUUUGGAUCAGUAGAGACCUCUCCCACUUAUGAUGAUGCCACUUAUGCUUUUUCAAGCUAUGCUGCAUGCAGUGAUAUGGAUCCAAAGACAACAACAUGGGAAAAUGGAACAGAUUGUUGCUCAUGGGUUGGCGUUACUUGCCACCCCAUUUCUGGUCGUGUCAUAGGUCUCGAUGUCUCAUGCGGUGGCCUUUAUGGUGAAAUCCUUCCGAACAGUACUUUUUUCUAUCUUUCUCAUCUUCAAUCACUUAAUCUUGCUUUCAAUUAUUUCAACUUUCAACCAUCUCUCUUUAAUGGAUUUGUGAGUCUCACACACCUCAAUUUGUCUGAUUGUGUCUUACAAGGUGAAAUUCCUUCUCAAAUCUCACAACUUUCCAAAUUAGAAUCACUUGAUCUCUCUCAUAAUCUGCAGUUAACGUGGAAAGAAAGCAGUUGGAAGAAAUUCCUCCAAAACGCAACAUUUUUAAAGGAGCUUGUUUUGGAUGAUGUAGAUAUGACUCAAAGUUCAAUGAGGCCACUCAAUCAGUCUACCUCCUUAGUUAGUCUUAGUCUCAGUGAAACUGGAGUAUGGGGAAACUUGAAAAAUGGCACCUUAUGCUUACCAAAACUUCAACAGUUGUACUUGUCAUAUAUUCAUUACAGUCUCAAUGGCCACCACCUUCCCAGCUUGAGUUGCAGUGCUGCUUCUCUCACUAUAUUGGAUUUGUCAUAUAAUGAUUUUGAGGGGUCAAUCCCUGCCUCUUUCUUCAACCUCACACAUCUUACUUUCCUUGAUCUCUCACAUAACAUCUAUCUCAAUGGUUCAAUUCCCUCCUCCCUCUUAUCCCUUCCGAGUCUAACUUUUCUGGAUCUUGGAUUCAAUCAAUUCAGUGGCCAAAUCCCAAACAUCUUUCCCCAGAUAAAUAGUUUUGAAAAACUAGAUUUGAGUCAUAACAAUGUAGAAGGUGAGCUACCAUCAACACUUUCAAAUCUUCAACAUCUCAUUCNCUUGGAUCUUUCAAUGAAUAAAUUGAGUGGUCAAAUUCCAUUGUCAAUUCUAAAUCUUCAAUAUCUCGUUUUCUUAGAUCUUUCACAUAAUAGAUUGGAGGGUCCUCUGCCUAACAAAAUAACAAGUCUCUCAAACCUAACUCGGUUAUACUUCAAUGACAACUUACUAAAUGAAACAAUUCCUGUUUGGUGUUUAUCUUUGCCAUCUUUGCUAGAACUAGAUCUAUCAGAUAAUCAUUUCACAGGACGUAUAAGUGCUACCGUGUCACAAUCCUUUGAGUUUCUGUAUUUGUGCAACAACAAGCUACAGGGCAAUAUUCCACAAUCAAUCUUCACUCUAGUAAAUCUUGGCCAAUUAUGUUUAUCAUCAAACAACUUUAGUGGUUUUCACAAUGUCAAUUACAAUUUCCCUAGGUUAGAGAGGUUGUAUUUAUCAUCUUUAGAUCUCACUGAAUUUCCAAAAUUGGCAGGAAAAGUUCCAAUGUUGACAGACCUUGACCUAUCCAACAACAAAUUGAAUGGAACAGUUCCUAAGUGGUUACAUGAGAUGGAUUCAUUAAAUUAUUUGAACCUAUCCCAGAACUUUCUGUCAACUCCAGUGAAGCAAUUCUCAAGGAACUACAAACUCCAAUUCCUUGAUCUUAGUUUCAAUUUACUCACUGGCCACAUCUCUUCCUCCAUUUGUAGUGUAAGUUCACUUGAUGUUCUCCUUUUGUCUCACAAUAAGUUGGUAGGUGUCAUUCCACCAUGCCUUGCAAACUUGUCUUUCCUUUUUAUUUUGGAUUUACAAAGGAACAAAAUAAAUGGGACAUUACCAAGUAAUUUCUCAAUCAAUAGUCCUCUCAGCGUUAUAAAUCUCAAUGACAACCAAUUAGAAGGUAUUUUGCCAAAAUCUUUGUCCAAUUGCANNNAAUUNGAGAUCUUGAAUCUUGCCAACAAUCAAAUUGAGGACAAAUUUCCUGCCUGGCUUCAAACACUACCAAUGUUGACAAUAUUGGUAUUGCGUGCCAACAAAUUGUACGGUCCUGUUCCAAGUUUAAAGAUGAAAAAUGGAUUUACAAGUUUACUUAUUUUUGAUAUCUCAUCCAACUACUUCAAUGGUUCAAUACCAAAAACCUAUAUACAAAAUUUUCAAGCCAUGAAGAAUGUUAUUCGUUACAAAGUGGGCGAGCUAUACAUGCAACCUUACAGUAAUAGAUCUGUAACUGAAUUUGCAACCGUAACAACAAAAGCCAUAAAUAUGACAUUCAAAAAAAUUCCAAAAAACUUUAUAACCAUUGAUUUAUCCAGAAACAAAUUUGAAGGAGAGAUUCCAUAUGUAAUUGGAGAGCUUCAUGCUCUUAGAGGACUCAACUUUUCCCAUAAUAGACUCAGUGGUCCUAUUCCCCAAUCCAUUGGAAAUUUGAAAAUUUUGGAAUCACUGGAUCUCUCCUCAAAUAUGUUCAUGGGUAGGAUACCCACAGAAUUAACCAAUUUGAACUUUCUUGAAGUCCUGAAUCUUUCCUAUAAUCAUCUUGUCGGAGAAAUACCUGAAGGAAAACAGUUCAACACUUUUGAAAAUAACUCCUACAUUGGAAACUCAGGACUAUGUGGGUUCCCAUUGUCAAAGAACUGCAACAACAUUAAACAACAAUCUCCAUCUUCUCCGAGCUUCUGGCGAGAAGAGAGAUUUCAAUUUGGAUGGGAAGUAGUUGUUAUAGGAUAUGGAUGUGGAUUAAUAUUUGGAAUUGGCUUAGGAAUUUUUGUAUUGUUCAUUGAAAAGCCUGAAUGGCUCGUGAAAAUGGUCGGAGGUGGUCUCCGUAAAAAGAUGAGAAGAAGGUGAAAUAUGUGAAGUAGCAA